GGCGCAGGCGCUGGCUGGAGGGGGCGGAGAUGCCCGCCUGAGCCAUGCUGAGCCCCCGCGGGACAGGGUUGGGGAGGCUGCUGCAGCUGCUGCGAGGGGGCCUGGUGGCUGUGGGAGGCCGGGGCUGCGGUGGUGACCGGAGCAACUUCUCAGCUAUGUCUUCACAAUCUAGCUGGUUGAGCACCGAAGAAAGGAACCAAGCGUUAUAUGAUCUUAAAGCUGCUGGCUGGUCUGAGCUCACUGAAAGAGAUGCUAUAUUCAGAGAAUUCAUAUUCAAAACCUUUAAUCAGGCCUUUGGUUUUAUGACUCGGGUAGCUCUUCAAGCUGAAAAGAUGAAUCAUCAUCCUGAGUGGUUUAAUGUAUACAAUAAGGUCCAGAUAACACUCAUUUCCCAUGACUGUGGUGGUCUGACAAAGCGAGAUGUCAAGCUGGCUCAAUUUAUUGACAAAGCUGCCGCUUCUUGUCUAACAACUGGGUGCUAAAGUAAUCAUACACAAAUUCUAUAAUUUGUUUAUUUAGCCUUUUCUCUUACGGUAAAAAUAGUUAAUCCUCAAAUUUCCCUAUUCUAGCAGAAGCUUUUGCAUAGAUACCUAAAUUUUUUAUCAAGUAUAUAAAACGCUUUUGAGGUAUUCAGCAUAAAGGCCUUGAAAAUAGAUUUUAGCUAAGCAUUCUUCAAUAACUGAGAAGUCAGUUUCUACCCAGAAAUCCUUUUCAGAAUAAUACACUGAAUCUGCAAAGGUCAGACUGAAACCUAUCCUUGCAGGAAUGGAUGAAUAAAUUAAAUAUUGGUGCUUACAUACAUGCUCCCCUCUCCAAUUUUAACCCUUCAAGUGCCCAAGUCAAGACCCAAAUAAAAGCUUUAGAUUUAUUCUUUCGAAAA